AUGAUUGCCCGCCAAGGAGAGGAAUCGGAUGCGCAGGUCGCAUCUCAGAACACCGUUCAGCAGGAAACACGGCCUCUACUGGAUCAGGAAGCCAAUGCUGAGGACGCACAACAGCAGGAAGGGAGUCAGCACGACGAACAACUCACACGAUCUGUCUUUGGCAUCAUCUCAGUGCUGUUGAUUGGUGUUUUUGUCUCUCAAGCCGAUACAACUCUGGUCUUUGCGACAUAUGCUCACAUCACCUCUGAAUUCAUCCGUCUGGGAGGCGGCAGCUGGAUUGACGGCAGUUGGAUAGUGACGAGCUUCGGUCUUGCAACAUGCGCUACACAACCGAUGUAUGGACGUCUAUCACAAAUCUUCGGAAGAAAACCCAUCCUGCAGAUGUCGUAUCUGCUGUUCUUGAUUGGCACUGCUGUUGCAGGACUUGCGAGGAAUAUGGUACAGAUGAUCGUUGGGCGUGUUAUACAGGGUGCUGGAAGUGCUGGUAUGGUUUCUAUGGUUUCCAUCUUGUUGACUGAUUUGGUACCGUUGCAUGAGGUAGCAUCAUACAGAAGUUAUGUCAAUGUGUUUUCCACCGUGGGAAGGAGUUGUGGAGGUCUAAUCGGAGGCUACCUAACACAAACCAUUGGUUGGCGCUGGGCGUUCAUCGGACAAUGUCCGCUUUUACUCCUCUCCAUCAUGCUGGUAUGGUGGAAACUCGAAGAACCGUAUCAAGACAUCGACCUUAAGCAAAGCAUCUGGACAAAGCUCAAACGCAUUGAUUUUGUCGGCGCUUUCUUCAUGUCCAUCGCCAUCCUAGCAAGUAUCACGGCAUUUGAUCUCGGGAGCAAAAAGGCCAACACUCCUGUUCUUGUGACUCUGGUGGCAGUCGCAGUCACUGCUGGAGUGCUCUUCGCCCUGACUGAAAAGCUGUGGGCCAAAGAGCCGAUUUUCCCCUUGGAACUGCUCGGAAAGGAUGCCGUGAUUACAUCCUAUUCGAUCAUCUUCAUCCAGACUGGCAUUCAGGUUGCUUNNACUGGUCGUUACAAGCCACCAACCAUCCUAGCCAGUCUAUCUGCCAUGCUCUGCUUCUCUCUACUGCUGAUCUUCUGGCGCGGUCACACCAGCACAGCUGCUUCACUAGUCAUCUUCUUUGGCGGCUGUGCAUCAGGCAUGGCAAACUCAGCAGUCUUUGUUGGCUUGACUGCAGGAGUCGAGAAACAGCAAAUGGCCAUUGCAACCACGGGACUAUACCUUAGCUCCAACAUCAGUGUGGUAGCUGGCGUCAGUGCUGCAAGUGCAAUCUUCCAAUCUGCGUUGCGAGCGAACCUUCAUAGGACGUUGGGCAGAGUGGUUGGCGGAGACGAGAUUGCGAGAAAGGUGUUGUCGGAUGUUGCGUAUGUGCAAACAUUGCAUGGUCGUCUCCGGCACUUGAUCAUCCGUGCGUUUGUGGCGAGUUUCAGGAGGACAUUUGGUAUGUUGCUCAAAUCCUCUCUUCACAAAGUCGUCCAGCUAAUUUUCCCUUUCGCUUUGCAGNCUGUACAGAUCGCGUUGGCGAGCACGGCACUGGUCGUCGGCAUACUAUCAAAGCAAAGAAAAAUUACUCGAUAG